AUGAACAUCGUCCCACAAGGUAACUUCAAGUCCCAGGUCUCCACGGAUCAAGAUAAGACCACUCUUUCCUCCGCGGUGCCCUCACUUCCAGACACGCUACGCCAGCAAGAAGGUGGUGCGGUACCCCUUUCCACACAGAUGAACGACAGACACCCAUUGGAAUCAAAGCUGAAGCAUUGGGAGACCACACAGCGCCAGAGACAGAUGGAGCAGUACCGACAGAUAUUCGGCAUAGCCGAGCCCAUGAAGAGGACGAUGGAGCUGGAAAUCGUCAAUCGCACUGAUUUCAGUCCUCUCUCAGCGGACAGCAGCAUGCACCGCGAUAUAUUGCUUAACAAGGACUGCAGCAUUGAUUGGGAGGACGUCUAUCCUGGCACCGGCUUGCAAUCCGGCUCUAUGGUUGGCGACGAUCUCCACAGCAAAAUCGAAAAACAAUUGGGCAUUUAA